AUGUAUCUCGGAACGAACGGAGAUCCGUCAGUGAGGUCGGAGCCGCACCGCGGCACUGCGGCGUUCAUUGCGCGGCUGUUCCCGCAAACGCUUCGAGCCGCCGGGGAACCCCCGACCCACAAAGAGUUCGCAUCUUUCUUCCAAACACGGCGGAAAAAUAAAGAAAGAACGGAUGGGAAGAGAAGCGGCCGCCGCAGGCACAGAGCAGCGCAACGUGAGAUCUUUUAUAUCCGAACGGAGCAACCGAAGGAUCUCCGGGUCCAAAUGUGGCACCGAGCAAUAAUUCCUCCCGACGGCAAACGAAGAUUUGGGGCCGACACCGUGGCGGCUUCCAGCAUCGUCCAGAUGAAGCACGACCACGAUAAAAUGUUUAAGAUGAGCGAAAAGAUCUUGCUGCUGUGUGUGGGCGAGGCUGGAGACACCGUGCAAUUUGCAGAAUACAUCCAGAAAAACGUUCAGCUCUACAAAAUGCGAAAUGGUUAUGAAUUGUCUCCUACUGCAGCUGCAAACUUCACACGCCGAAAUCUAGCUGAUUACCUUCGGAGUCGAACCCCUUACCAUGUCAACCUUCUCCUGGCUGGCUACGACGACCAUGAAGGUCCUGCCCUUUAUUACAUGGAUUACCUUGCAGCUCUGGCUAAAGCUCCUUUUGCAGCACAUGGAUAUGGUGCAUUCCUUACCCUCAGCAUCCUGGACCGCUAUUACAAGCCAGGUAUCACACGUGAGGAAGCUGUGGAGCUCCUAAAGAAAUGUCUAGAGGAGCUUCAGAAACGCUUCGUCUUAAAUCUGACUUCUUUCAAUGCCCGAUUCAUUGACAAGGAUGGCAUCCAUGAAGUGGACAAUGUACCCCUUCUAAAAGCGUUGUCUUAACCCCUGAGAUCUUUCUUCAGCAGUCUUUUUUUGUUCAGCUUUUGGUUUUUUAAUAUUCAUUUGAAGCACCCAAGACGUGUACUAUGCUGGGAGAUUGAAUAAAGGUUGACAUUUAUGCCAGUUCCAUCUUUUGA